AUCUGGUGUAAAUCCCUAAAUGAGUGACGUGCGAAGCCAGGAUGAAUCAUCAAACUAUGUCUAAUUAUGGUAAUUACAAAAACAGGGAAUUCUUUUUAAAUUCAAUUACUAAAUCAACUUUGUCUGGUUUAUGGAGAACAUUCUUAGAUCUUGCUUUGUCACUGUGAAAUGCUGUAAUACAUCAAAGGAUCAAGAGAGAAAACGGCUCAUUUGGCUCAACUAAAUCAGAAGUGUUUAUUUCAAAGCUUUAUUUCCAUCCCUGACUCAACAGUGCAGUUGACGUCUGGGAAAGAUAUAAAUGGAUCACUGCAACACUUAAGCUCACAAAUAAGUGUGGCAUGACGUCACCAUAAAAACUUGUAGGUUAGCCAUUAAGGCCAGGUACAAAUAAAUCAAUAGGUGUUGGUGAAAAUCUAUAAGUUCAGUUUCCUUCAUUCUUUUAAGCAACAUAAAUAGUCAACUUCAAUGUCACCAAUUACAGCACAUUUUGCUUCAAAUAUAAAGUAGAGGACUGAAAGCAUGUUGAAAAGACAUCUGCUUCUCAUAAGCAUCUACGACCUGCCCACAUGGUGCAGAAAUUAAUGAAACCAAAAGUGAUUCAAGAUAUCUGAAUAAUGAAAUAAAUUGUCCUUGACUGCUCAGUAAAUAAAUUUCAGUAUCAUCCCUUUUCUUUACAGCAUUCCACUCUGCGUCACUUAAAUGUUACCGGAGGAAUGGAAGCAACUGACAAUAUAGAUCUUUUCUUGUCUUGUUUCUUCAGUUCUCAGUCACUUAGUAGAGAUGCAGUGUCCUGCCUGGCUUUUGGCCACAGUCGUCUUGUGUUUUCACAGCCCAUAUGUAGAUGGACACUGCUCGGAUUUGUCCAAUUGCAUGGGCUUUACAUCUUAUGAGCAAAUAUUGCAGUGUAUUAGGCAAUGCGGAUCUAAGCAGGACGUUUCCAACUAUGGAACAGUUGCUUCCUCUGAACAGCAAAACAAUGAGGAAGAGGUUGAAGAACAGAGCCUGAGUUUGGGUUUGCUCUUAUCUGCUCUGGCUCCUGGUUCAACCGAGGCCCAAAUCUUCACUGGAGAACCUUCCCACAGCGAGGAGAGGAGAUCUUACUCAAUGGAGCACUUCCGCUGGGGGAAACCCAUUGGCCGCAAACGCAGACCCAUCAAAUUGUUCAACAACAACGCCAUUGAAGAGGAGCCAGAGGAGUCCACGGAAACCUUCCGCGUGGAGCGAGGGCAGGGUGCCGUCCUGGACAUUCAACAGAGGAACAAUGUGAAGACCAAUGGAAAAUAUCGCAUGACACAUUUCCGAUGGAAUGCUCCUCCUGACAAACGCUACAGUGGGUUCAUGAGGCCCUAUACAGAGCAAUCCCACACGCCUCUGCUCUCGCUGAUACGAAAUGUCAUCGUUAAAGACGGACAGCAGUUCAAAAAUUAAGAGAGGACAGAGAAUGGACAGAAUAUUAGUGGGGGGGGGCAGUCAA